AUGCAUCUUUCCCAUCGCCAACGUCUUUUGCAGGUCCAGCAAGAGUCCGGGCUCGAAUUCAUCCAGCGCCUCGACGAGCCUGAUGAUAUACCAGCCUUCGUGAUACCGCUCAACCCUGCAUAUUCAAAGUCGACGGCGGAUCUAGGACACACUGCUACAGGGGUGAACCUUGGCCUUGAUGGCCUUGAUCCCAUUCUGGACCGAUACGGUCUCUUGCGAUCAGGAGACAUGAUUGACUUUCAUGGACCAAGCUGCAGUGGUAAAACCCUAUUUCUUUACGCCAUUAUUGUCUCGAACAUCCUUCCUAAAUCAUGGAAGCACUCGAAAUCAAGUCCGGCUGUGUCUCUGUUCGGAAAAGCAAAAAGCGUUGUCUUUGUGGAUAUGGAACAGGGCUUCUCUGUGGACCAACUCAAGUCAUUGCUCUGUCUCCAGAUUAUAUCACGGCUCAAAGCACUAAAACAGACGGAGUCUGAGAGAGGAGCCAUGUGUAAUCAAACACAGGACCAUACGCAGCGUCGUCAUGAACAAGGCAAACAUUCUGAGAUUGCCACUGAGCCAUUGGGCACAGAUAUCGAUAUUAGUACUCCAGAGAUGCGAGCCAAGGUCGAGCAAUUGGCUUUGUCAUGUCUCAAGAACGUACACGUUUUUAGGCCGCCGGAUGCCAUUUCUGCAAUCGUGAUCCUGAGGACACUGGACCAAUACUUGUCGAUUAACACUUCAACAACGACAACAGCAACAACAACUCCUCCAUGUGCCCUUCUCAUGAUUGAUUCUCUCUCAUCGUUCUACUGGCAGGAGCGCGCUCAGACCAACCAUACCCGAUAUAUGACAGCUUUGAUCGAUGCACUUAACCGACUCGCCGUACGACGAAAACUCAUCUUUGUCUCUACAACCUGGUCGCUACCCUCAGCCAACUCAACUACUGACAGGACUAUUACAGACGCUUUGAGGGCGCGGCUGAGAUAUCGGUUCCUGAUGCAACCCAAGACCUUGGAGCGGUUCGAGACGGAUGGUGAUCUGCGACGGGAGUGGUUGAAACGGCAAGGGCGCCGCCAAUGCAGGAACCUGAACAGUAUCACAUGCGGAUCAGAGUUAACGCCGCCCUACACUGAAGAAGAUGAUACGAGCUCGCUUUUCCAGGCCCAAAUGGUCAUCUCUCCAGUAGAAGCCGCCCAGCAGGAAUUCUUUCGGUUCUCAGUAUCAAAUGCAGAUGGAUUCUGCUCGUUUAGUGUGCCGCAUUUUCAACAAUAAACGCGCUCGAAUUGC